UCAGCCUCACCAGCUCUUCUUACAGUACCUAAAUAGAUUUGUUUUCUUACCUCUCUGGUUUUUUACAGCUCCACUGUUUUCUUCUCUAUUCAAUAGCUACUAAAGAGUCACUGCUCUCUAUAUAAAGCUAACAGUUACAAGUCCAGAAAGACUCAGAAUCAGAAGAGAGUACAUGAGUUUCCUAUUCUGCUUCUAAGCAUUUAUUGUUACACACAUUAUUGCGUUAUAAUAAUACAUAACAAACAAAAGCUUUCAAAUGGAGAGGUUUCAAGGACACAUCAACCCCUGUUUUUUGGAUCAAAAUGCUGAUGGGAGAAGCUUAGAAGCCCAAAGCUUUGCCUUUAAAGAAGAAGAGGAGGAAGAAAGCAUGCAAGACACAGUUCCAUUUCUACAGAUGCUGCAAAGUGAAGAAGACCCUUUACCGUUUACAUCAUUCAAAGAACUAUUGUCUCUUCAGAACCUCCAUAACCAUUGGGAACUCGACAGCUAUCUUUCACACAAUGAAACCUACCCAGUUUCAACCACAUCCAUGGAAGUAACCAGACAAGCUUUGUCAAGCCAAGAACUACCCUUUAGCCGACAACAAGACAUGACAGUUCCUUCUUCCUCAUCAACACCAAACUCAAGACGCAAGCGCAAAAUCAUCAGCAACAACCCUCCUGAAGUGACGAGAGGGAAGAGGAGGAAAACUAAACCAAGUAAAGACAUUGAAGAGAUAGAGAAUCAAAGAAUCAACCACAUUGCUGUUGAACGUAAUCGACGGCGGCAGAUGAACGAACAUAUCAGCUCCUUACGUUCUCUUCUCCCACCUUCUUACAUCCAACGAGGAGACCAAGCAUCUAUAGUAGGAGGAGCUAUAAACUACGCGAAGGUCCUCGAGCAAGUCAUAAAGUCACUUGAGUUGCAAAAGAGAACGAAACAGAGUAGUGUAGUAGAAAACAGAGUUACUUGCGUCCCAAGAAUCGAAGCUACGUUGAUACAGAACCACGUUAACCUUAAAGUUGAGUGUCGGAAGAAACAAGGGCAGCUUCUGAAAGGAAUCGUUUCACUUGCAAAGCUUAGACUCACUGUUCUUCAUCUCAAUAUCUCGUCAUUGUCUUGUUCAUCAGUCUCUUAUUGCUUCAACCUCAAGAUGGAGGAUGACUGUAAGCUAGAAUCGGCCGAGGAGAUAACGAAGGUGGUGCAUCAGAUUUUCGAUACAUAAAGUCGAUUUUUUAUUAAAGAAUGAAAAAAACAAAAUAAAUAAAUUAUGUUUGUAUUAUUACUGGACUAUUCGAACAUGUUUUCUUAGGCUUUGGGUGUUUUGUGGGGUUUUGGUCCCAUGUAAUUAAAGUUUGACCUCAUCUGUAUUUAUGAUAUUUAUCAUCAAUCAUGGUUUGACUUUUAUCUCUA